AAUUUUUGGUAGGGUCUGAUGGAAUUAACGUUUUCCUCUUCAGCACCUUCUCUGAUUUAGGGUUUUUGUCUCUGCAUUUUGUUUCUCUCAGUGCUGAGUUGAAAAUGGGUACUCUUCCCUUAAACGCCGUCGUUUUGAAGGAUGGGUUUGCUUCCUCUCUCUUGGAAGCUGUGGUUGCAGAAACUGCAAAAUCUCUUGCUUGCAUCCUCUUCAUGAUGGGAUCUUUGUUGAAUGGCAUGUCACUGUUAUCCAUGGGUCCUGCCACAUUUGAAUGGUUUCCGAUACCUAAGCACCAUGGGCUGAAACAAUCUGAUCCUGAGAAUAAAGAUGCCAGCGACACUGAGGAUGAUGAAGAAGAUGACGAUGAUGCAGAUGAUCAGGAUGGUGAUGAUGACCAAGACGAUUUGUCUGGGGAAGAGGGAAAUAACAAGGGUGAUGGGGAUCCUGAGGAUGUGCCUCAAGCCAAUGGUGAUGGUGCAAGCGAAGAUGAUGAAGAUGAUGAUGAUGACGACGACGAUGAUGAGGAUGAUGAUGAUGACAGUGAUGAUGGUGAUGAGGAGGGGGAAGAAGAGGAAGAGGAGGAAGAGGAGAUUCCUCAGCCACCUACCAAGAGGAGGAAAUGAGGGUAAAAAGUUUCUCCCAUUUUUUGUUUUUAGUUUUUCGGUUUCCUUUUUUGGGUAGUUUGUUGAGGUUGCUUGUCUACAUAGAAUUCUCGAUACUUUUGUAUGAACCCUUGGUCUAUAAUGUUAAUGUUGUAGGUCUUUGUCAAUACAUCUCAUGUUUCUUGUGACAGUGGUGCUAUAUUACUUGUUCUAAGCAUGAAUUGCAAGAUUAUAUUACUAGGCUCA